UCAAAAUUCUCUGUUUCUCUCUAUUUCUCUCAAACGCUCACAUUCUGCGGCAGCGGACAAUCCUAAGACGAAUAGCUUCCGUUGGAUUAUGUUACACCGCCCUCAUCACCACCGUUGUAACCACGGACAACAAUGACGGAGUUAUUUUCAGGCGGAGGCGUGAGCAUUGUCGAAAAUGGACGUGAAUUAUGACCUAUUUUGUUGAAAGUGAGAAGGAUUGGAGAUAAAGGUCGCUCCUCAGUAUGUCUGAUUUGGUGGCGCGAAUGGGUCGGCAUCAGCAACGUUACGAUGACGGUUGUCGGCUUGUUGCAGGGUGUAUUCCAUUUCGAUAUACAAAUUCUGAUGAAAGUGAUGAUGCUAAUACUGAGAAAGUGGUGGAAGUUCUUAUGAUAAACUCAACCAGUGGCCCUGGCCUAUUGUUUCCAAAGGGAGGCUGGGAGAAUGAUGAAACUGUGGAGGAGGCUGCUGUGAGGGAAGCUGUUGAAGAAGCUGGAGUUCGAGGGGAAUUAAUGGAAUUUUUAGGACAAUAUCACUUCAAGAGCAAAACACACCGGGAUGAAUUUUGCCCAGAAGGUUUAUGUAAAGCUGCAAUGUUUGCACUGUUUGUUAAGGAGGAGCUUGAUUCAUGGCCUGAGCAGAGUACCCGAACCAGAAGAUGGCUAAAAAUACCUGAAGUACUUGAGAGUUGCCGCCAUCAAUGGAUGAGAGAGGCAUUUGAAUGUGGCUUCACUAACUGGCUCGCCAAUAAGGAAUCAAGUACAGGGGAGGAUCUUUGAAAUGAAAGUUGAUACACUGAGUAUUCAUAAAGCUAAUGAUGCGUGCUCCGUGUGCAAUGAAACAUGGUUUCCGGCUACUUUGGGGGCAAUUUUCUUGUACUGGUACUUUAUCAACACCCAACAACACAAUGCUUUUGCUGUUCAUAAUUUACAUAAUGUUACUGUUUUUUGUUGUACUGAGUUUCCUGAGUAGCCACCAACCCCUUUGAUGUAUUUUAAUUCAGAGAGUUAUCAGAACGUCUCUGAUAUCAAACGCUGUGGUAGUCAUUUAGCUGUUUAAUUAUGAAUCAGUUUAACCUGAAUGG